AUGGCGUUCUCUUCGUUUCUCGGCAGAGUCCUCUUUGCCUCCGUUUUUAUCCUCUCUGCAUACCAAGAAUUUAAUGCUUAUGGAGUUGACGGGGGACCCGCAGCUAAAGCACUUAGACCGAAGUUUGAUGCAUUUGCACAUCAAGUACAUUCUAAUGUUGGGUUUCAACUUCCAGAUAUUGAUAUGAAGAUUUUAGUUGCUGGGGCUAUUGCUCUCAAGGGCAUUGGAGGAAUUCUUUUCAUACUUGGCAGCUCAUUUGGAGCUUUCCUUUUGCUUUUGCAUCAAAUGAUUACCACUCCGAUACUAUAUGAUUUCUACAAUUAUGACAGCGAGGACAAAGAAUUUAUUCAACUUUUCAUCAAAUUUACUCAGAAUAUGGCCCUCUUCGGGGCUUUGUUGUUUUUCAUUGGGAUGAAAAACUCCAUUCCUAGAAGGCAAUCCAAGAAGAAGGCUCCUAAAACAAAAACCUACUAG